GAUAACACAAAAAGAAUACAGUCUUCUACAAACUUUAUCACAUCACAAAAAUUUAACGAUGAAUAAACAAAAUACGAAGAAAAAAAUAACAUUUUCGUACAAAAUAACUCCAAGAACUUUAAAAACCUAUGAACAGAAGGAAGUGUAUUUUACAAUACCUCGUUUGGUAGCCUAUUACGAUUAUAAUUAUAACAAAAUCACACCUGCCAAGCGAAUUAAGUUCUUUAAAAGUCCAACUUCUGAUCAAUAUCCAAUCGAUCUAAAUGCUGGUUUUGAAACUUGUAUAAGACGUAAGUCUGAUAUGUAUUCAUUAGCCAUCGAUUUAUCACUUAAAUAUGACAUGACAUCUGCUUCCGAAUGUGAUGGUCUUGACAGUAUAGAGAAAAUAAAAGUAAUUACAAGACGUGGUACUUUAGUCCAUAUAAUGGAAUCAUAUUAUAUUAAGACAUACGAUAAGUUGACUAUACGGGUAUCACGUUAUAACGGCAAUUUAUAUAUGUUAAUGGAAGAAUUAUAUGAUCCAUUAAAUAUAUUGAAACCGGUUAAUACACAUCAUGGCCAAUUGGAAAAACUGUUAUUUACUGAUUCACCCGAUAAGCCACCAAAAAUUAAUGAAUCAUAUGAUGCAAAUAUUGCACUAUAUGGAGUACAUAGAAGUAACUUUGGUAAAUAUGAUAUUAUUUACUCGGGCGAAAUACAAGGAAUCGAUUCCAAUGAAGAAAUCAAAGAUUUUGAUGAUUUGGAUGCUAUCAAUGAAUGUCGUUUCGUUUUCGGCAAGCAAAUGUGGAAAUCAUUGAAAUACAAUGAUGACAAGUAUUUAAUGUUUUGGCUGCAGUCGUAUUUAGCUAAUGUUAAAGAUAUUUAUAUUGGCUAUAAAAGCUGUAAAGGAAUUAUAUCAGAACCCAUUGAAUAUAAAAAUCCAAGAGAUUUGCCCAAGAAUCGCUUUUGGAAGCCCUCGAUUUGUACCGGUUUUUUAUAUGACUUUUUGCAAAAUGUAGAAAAACGCAUGUCUUCUGUCAACUGUUUAAACACUGUGUAUUUGUUUCACUAUAAUUGGGAAGAAAAAAUCUUCAGCUAUGAAAUGUUCAAUGGUAAAAGCGAUAAAACUUUUAUAUCUAAAGAGUACAUGGAAUAUUGUAUGAAAAUUACAAAAGUUUAAUUUAAUUUUAUAUAUUCACAUAUGUAUGUAUGUACGUAUAGUCUUUAUGUUUUAUUACUAUAAUUAUGUAAACAAAUAAAUUAAGAAAUUACUAGAAAA